CACACUGAGUACAAUUUGACUGCCGCCUUCACAGUGCCAGUCAGUCGACUUUCUUUUCUGAGAGCAAAGUGCACCUGGAUACUUUUUUAAAAAUACAUUAUUAUUAUUUUUAAUCCAAUAUGUCCAUCAGUCGGAAAAACUGGUCGGCUUUGUCCAGCCUGGCACGCCAGUGGACGAUGGAGGACGAGGAGGAGGUGGAGAGGGAGAAGAGGAGAAGGGUGAAGAGCUCAGGCAGUACCGCCGACCCAGAUGCACCGAGAGACGCGCCCACCAGCGACAGCCCCUUUGGGACAGACUCCCAGGGUCUCAGCAGUGUGGAGCAAAUGCAGCUGGACUUUGUGGAGAUGCUGCGAGUUCGUGAUGAAAAGCGGAGGAUGAGACACGUGGAGACACUGCGACGACAGAAGGAGGAGGAGGAGGAUGAAGCAGAGGCUACCGGAGGAGGGGCCAGGGUGGAGAUAUUGGGGGACUUGGAUGAGGAGCAGGGCAGUGCGUUUCCACCUGUGAAGUCCCCAUCCAAACCACAAGUGCCCAAAAAAAACGCCUCUUACAGUCCCAGCGGCAGCACUGACAGCACCGGCAUCACAAACAGACAACACGAAAACGGCGAAUCGCAGAGGAAAGAUCCUGAUCCCAAGCCGGCGUCCAACCCGGCUCGCAAGUUUGUCAGUUCUGUGUCCAUCUCGCUCGACAAGAGUUCCUCCGUCAGCGGGCGCACAACUCCCAUGAGCCCUUGCUCUCCGACCGCCUCACCUCCGGAGCACUGGCCCUCGCCCUGCCAGAGUCCCUCUCCCAGAGGACCCCAAAGCCCCGUUCAGAACGGACACACGCAGGAGACCAGCAACAAUGGCUCUUUCUCCAACGGCAACUUUGAACAGACGACCAAACCUGCCUUUGUCAGGCAGAGUUCCAGGACUAUUUCUUUCAGGAUGAUGAAGAAGAAAGAAGAAGAGAGCGCACCGCUGCAGAGGAGUGCGAGUGUGCGGGUGGCCACCAAGAAGUUUGAAUGCAACACAGAUCAAAAUGAAGAUGAAGACAAACCAUCGUCUCUCCUGAGAGACUCCAGACAUAGGAUUUCAUCCAGGUCCAUCCAGGAGAAGAUGGAGAGACUGGCUCAGGCUGCUCAGAAGUCAGAAGCAAUGCGAUCUCCAGAUGUGACCCAGAGGACCCUGUUCCUGCUGGACGAGGUGUCCAGGAAGAGAGGUCUCUUUGAGAAGGAGCAGCAGGAAGAGGCCCCCACCAGCCCGGGAGUUUCCCGACAGGAAUUUAGGAGCUUCAAAUCUGGAAUGUCGGACCGGAUCAACCGCUGGCUCAACAAGAACAACCCAACUGGGCCUUCACACACCCCUACUGACUUGAGACACGUGGACAUCACCAGUAAGAGGGGCCUGUUUGAGAAUAGAGGGGAGAACAAUGUCUCAAAAGCCAGCCCUGGAAAAAAGUGAAGGACGUCCAACAGGAUGGUGAGAGGAGAUGAAGAGAACUGGAAGAUUACUGAAUGCCAGCGCCGACUGAUUGUUUCUUCAAGCUUUGUGUGUUUGUUUUUCUUCACUGCCAAAGCACAAGGGAGGAAGACUGGAGGGUAAGAGAGAAAAAAGUUAACUGAGUUUUAGCUUCAGACGACUGGAAAAAGAAGGAAUCUGCUUUUAAAGUUAGACUUCUAUUAUACAAUUUUUGUGUUGCCUCUUUAAGUGGAACCUUACCUUUUUUUUCAAAUGUUAAAUUAAAGAGGAGGAUGUUCAACUGAGUGAGGAACAGUAAAAAGCAAAAGUAAAGAGAGGAUAAGAGGAGCGGUAGAAAAGAAAAAGGGCAGUGACAUAUUUUUUUGAAAACUCUUUAGCUAUCCGCCUUAUCUUUGUGUAAUUUUUCAAGCACUUUAAACAGGUGAAGGUCUUACAGCUGAUGAUUCGUGUUUAUUUAAUUAAACUGGUUGAAAUUCUGCUGUUUAUUCCGUUUGUUUGUCCUUGUGGCUAUUAAGCUGCCUGUCGAAGGAAUAAAAUGUUUUACUAAACA